UCAGCCAACGGACAGCAUUUGUGCCCAAGUACAUCCUCUACACGGACACUUUGGCAGCUGCCUACCAUCCACUGGCAGCGCAGUAAAGUUCAGUCAGUUCGGGUCAACCAACACAAUGCAAGCGAUGUCGCCUAAGGAUCAUAUUAAGAACGAUCGCGUGUUUGGAGUGGAUUCCCGGCAAAGCUGGAUUACAGCCACCUUCUGCGGGGCACUCCUCUUUCUUGCCCUGUCAUCGUCGAGGGUGAGCGGAGUGUUUUUCUACCGCAUCGUGGAAACCUUCGGCGUGAACAGAGAGCAGGCGUCUUGGCCCGUCACACUCAGCGGAAGCAUGUUGCCUCUGGCAGGUCCCCUGACUGGCAUGCUAUGCUCUCGCUUUUCAUGCAGAAAAGUGCUGCUCGUUUGUUCCUUCUUCACUGGUAUCGCUGUGAGCCUGUGUUACUUCGCGGAAAGCACACACUUCAUCGUUGUGUUCUUUGGCAUCAUUCACGGAACCACACUUUCAGGGCUCUUCGUGGCUGCAAACGUCCUUGUGGCUCAGCAUUUUGAGAAACGAAGAGCAACAGCUUGCAGCUUUAUGUUCGCAGCUGGUGGACUAAACACUGUUGUCUUUCCUCCACUCAUUGAAUUGUUCUACUCGCGUUACGGUAUCCACGCCGCAUUCUUGCUCUACGGGGCGAUAUUGAUGAAUGCAUUCCCAUGUUGUAUAGCUCUGAGAAGUCCACCAUGGUUCGAGAAGCCAAAAUCAGUUAGCCAGGAAAAGGCGACAGCAUUCAAUGAAGUCAGCAGCUCAAGCAGGCGUGCGUAUUGGAAUUCUGGUUCCGAAAAAUUCCGCAAACAAAAUAGUGACCAGUGCACCGAUGAAACGCAUGUAUUCUUGCAGAAAGAUGACGCACAAGAAACUCCAUCAAGUGUCACUAAUAGUGCCGAAUUCGCCUCGCCCAGUCCUCCAGGAAAGGCGGAAAGAAGCAACAUUGUUAGGUGUAUCAAACGCGAGCUGGCACCAUUCAUGACACUGACCUUUUUAGUGAGCGCUUUGUCCUUCACGGCCGUGAACUUUGGGAUGGCGUUGUACGUCCUCCUGUCAACAGAUCUUGCCAGUGACCAUGGAAUUGAACCUUCCAGCGCUGUUUACUUUCUCCAAGCCUUCUCCGUCAGUGACAUCAUCUUCAGAGCUCUCGGCGGCAUUGUCAUAGACUCCAAGAUUCUCUCCCUAGAAUCUGUGAUGCUCCUUGGUUAUCUUGUGCAAGGCGCCGCGUUCGAGCUACUCGCCUGGUUCGGGUCCUUCCACAUGAUGCUCACUGCCUCGGCUCUGAUGGGUCUCACCUGCGGUGCCAGGAUAGCCCUUCAAGCACCCUUGAUUGCCAAAGACUUUGGACUCAAGCAGCUUCCUGUCAUUAUGGGAGCCGUGUACUUCUGCAUUGGCGUUGCGUUGCUUCUCCGCCCACCGAUUGUCGGCUACUUCCGAGACAGGCAUGGAUCCUACAACGGUCUCCUUCACUGCACAGCAGCCGUCAAUGGUUUUUUGUUGUUUGUCUGGACUAUGAAGCUGAUGAAGAGCAAAAGGCAGGAAUCAGCAUUAAAGAAGGAGCGAUUAUCAGAAAAAAUAUGAAGAGAAAGGAGGAAAGAGCUUCUUAUACUUGUAGGCAGAGCAAAUGAUGAUUGCUGUGCCAACAAUUCAAUGGGCUGCAUAGAGAAGACUCGAUCUAAUAUUUCAGAGCGUGAACAUACGAGAAGUCGAGCUCUCUCUUGAGCAAAAUUAACACCUCGUGAACUUUAUUCUCGUCAACAGUCCCCCGUUUGCGUAAAGCUGGUCGCACGGCUCAGUGUACCGGUAGUUGUGAACUUGCAUCUUGUCACAUUUUACUUUGACGACCCCUGUGUGCGUGCUUGUUUGUGCAAGUUGGUGCGCAAUACCACAACUGGAAACGUGUGAAAAAUGGUCGCUGAAGAAAGCAAUCAGCACAGUACGUCUCUCGCUAAGUUUUACAUGUAGUGCAGCCCAGAUCAUUGUAUUUAUGCUAAGUAACACAACACCAUUUGUAGUCAACAAGUUUUUAUUUGUAUUUUUUCAUCGAUAUUUUAGGGCCUCCGGGUCUUCAAUCAAAAGUCAUUUGAUGGCCUUUUAUCUUGAUUGUUGUGGUUUUGAAAAAGUACAUUAUUUGUGAAAUGAUGUAGCAGGGGCUAUAGCCAGUGCUAUACAAAAGCGUUAACAUCUCCUAGGCUACACACCAUUAGAAGAACUCCAAAAUAAACUGUGAUAUCCUUCUCUGAAGGAAUCGCUGAA